CUCUCUAAGUCGCAUCUGCAGCAACAGAAAGGAUCGUAAACACGUAAUUAGCUAAACUAUUCAGUGAACCACGUUGUACACGUCCGACAUAGCAUUAACAUCUAGCUCUGUGCGUGAAACGCGGGCUUAUUAGCGGCCAAUUUAACGAAUCCACUGGCUCGUACUUUAUACUACGUGUAUGUACACGGGAAAACCGAGGCAUUGAAAAUCGGCGCACAGCCCACAGCGAAAACUAUGAUUUUGGCUGCGUUGGGGCGAGAUGGCGUACAGGACCGGCCUAUUUGCGCUGAUUUUGUUGGCUGAUCUGCUGUUGCGGGGGAGCAGGGUUUUUGCGAUCGACCAACAACGUUGGCAGUUCGAUGAUUCCAGUAGUGAUACAGCUGAAAAAUAUCUGUGCAAUUUUAAUGAGCCAAAGGGAACAUACAACGCUACGGAUCUCAUUUUGUGCAUGAAUUCACUAGCCUCAAUGAUACUGCUGCAGCGAAAUUUCAACUCAAAUAGAAUGACAGAUCGCGUAUAUCAAGAUUCGGGACAGUCGUACCCCACGUACCUGGAUUACUCAUCGGUCAGCGGGGCUACAUCGAAUCACUUCAACGGAAACAUGCUUACUUCACUGCUCCCUGGCACUCUACCAUUGACAAGCCUGGCAGACUUCCUUGGCAGUUUCACCACUCUCACCAGGCCAGGCUUUAAUUUGUUCGGCGCUUUGUCCUCAAUUGCUCAGUACGACGAUUUGAAGUGCGUCCCGCGCAUACUUUGCGAGAUCGCGAGUGGUUCGAUGCCUGGAAGUGCGGGCUACAGGCAGAACUCUGGCUAUCAAGAUUUUCAGAAGAGCCCCAUUCUGAGUUUGCUGAGCGCUUUUGACGUGGGUGGAUCCUCUCCGAUUCUAUCAUUUGGCAGAGCAGCGCUACUAGGAUACACUAACAUGGGCCACUCGAGUAUGUGCUACCAUGAGUAUCCAAGAUGUCCACGUAGGCAAGACCAGCUAAUUUCAUAUUUGAAUAACCACAAGGGAGGCUUCUUCCGGUUAUUUAGUUCUAAUCGUGACAGCUACAAUGUACCUCAACAACCAGCGUAUCGACCAUACUAUCGGAAACCUAGCAAUGAGUUGGAGUACAGGAUUGUGGGGUCAGAUACAGAGGAUCCGACGACGCCGUUGUAUUUGAGGCCUGAAGCCGACAGAACAGGAACGGGAAAAUUAUCGUUCGCCAACUCUGAUUUUCAAGAGCAAGACAGUAACAACGCGAACUUUUUUCCGACAAAAUCACAGAAAAAUGACUUUACUACUUUUACCUUUCCUAAGGAAAAUGAACACAGUUACCAUCAACUAAAUCCUGCUAAAGUAUUGAUAAAUGAAUUCAACGAAAAUCAAAGAGAUCCGCUGCGAAAAGAUCGUCAGUUUUUUAUUCAGGACGACAAAAAUUAUAAUUUGGAGCAACCUUACGGAGCUGAUUACAAUCAAAGACCUCGAACUGUAGUAUUGGGAAACAAAGGCCUUUUGUUUUUUCCAUCAGAUUCAGCACAGAGGGAUACAUUUACCUUCGUAAUUCCUAAUAAUCACCGGAGCUAUUGACGAGAUAAUGUGGUGAAAGCUGUUGGCACUGUGUGGAAAUAAUUUCAUACAUAUUAUUGUCAUUUAUUAUUCAGUUUCUACCACUCAGUAAUAAUGCUCUAUUUAUUAAUCGCAGUAUUUGUAAUUUAAUUAGUCAUACAAUUAAUACUAUUUUUGUACUUCGAAUAAUACGAA